UCCGUGCGUGCACGCUCACUGAACCUCCGCUGUCAUUGUGGCCGUUUUUAAACGCACAUGCUGUUUGUCGACCGCCCGGUAACGGAGCAUAUGCUGCCAUGAGUGCUUUGUGUCGCCUGAUCCAGAGAGGACUGCUGAGCGGCCGGCCGUCGUGUCGUUUAUUCCCCGGGCAGCAGGAUGUGUGCGGGGUGGCUCCCAUGGUCCGGGCAGCCAGCUCAUCCAGCCCAGUCAACUUGACCUAUGAUGUCUUCGACGGGAAGGGAGAGAGCACCCCCCUGGUGUUUCUCCACGGCCUUUUUGGCAGCAAAUCUAACUUCCACUCAAUAGCGAAGUCCUUGGUGCAGCGCACAGGCCGAAAGGUGCUGACUGUAGAUGCCCGUAACCACGGCAACAGCCCUCACAGCUCGGUGCUGACCUAUGAAGCGAUGAGCAACGAUCUGAAACACCUCCUCGCCCAGCUGCGCAUCGAGAAGUGUGUCCUCAUCGGCCACAGUAUGGGCGGGAAAACGGCCAUGACGACCGCCCUGUCGCAGUCGGGUUUAGUGGAGAGGUUGGUGGUAGUGGACAUCAGUCCAUCCCAGACAUCCACGCGCACCAACUUCCGCUAUUACAUCCAGGCCAUGCAGGAGGUGAAGAUCUCCAGUGACAUCCCACGUUCCACCGCCAGGCGGAUGGCUGAGGAUCAGCUGCGCACUUUGGUCAAGGAGCGCUCGGUGCGUCAGUUCCUGCUGACUAACCUGGUGGAGCAGAAUGGCCACUACGCCUGGAGGGUCAACUUGGAGGCCAUCUCAGCACACCUUGACAGUAUCAUGAGCUUCCCCACCUUUGAAACCAUCUAUGAGGGGCCUACACUGUUUUUGGGUGGAGCCAGUUCUGCUUAUAUCAGCUCCGAUGAUUACCCGGAAAUCCAGAGGCUGUUCCCCAACGCUGACAUCCAGUACAUCCCAGACGCGAGCCACUGGAUCCACGCAGAUAAACCCUUAGAUUUCAUCAGCUCCAUCAUCUCCUUCCUUCAGUCCUAGCCGCCUCCCGCCCUACGCCUCAGAACUUUUUUUAUGCUCAGCGCUCUGAGCGUCCCAUCACUGAGAAUGAAGGUUAAAAUUCAGCAGCUUCAGCAAGAGUGAGUGGAUUCAUAAAUGAUGCUAAUAGAUGCCAACACUGGACCAAACUCACCCUUUUACAACAGUCAGUUCUUACAUUUAGGCAAACUUACCUUAGUGUAGUGUAGUGUAGAAGAGCUUCUCUUUUGUUUGGUCUCUCUACCAGACAGAUUGUGUUACUGGAUUGGCUGGUUUCUAGAUGUAUUUUCAUUGAUUUUUACAUUGGUAGGUAGAAAAUAACACAGAUAAUGUCUCCAGUGUAACAUAACAGGGCUGUUUUGGAGGCGUACUAAUCCAAAGAAACUCUCAUUUGCACAGUGCUUUCUUUUAUGUUAAAACAUUUAUGCCAGUAUAACAGCAAAGUGGCUUUAGGCCAAGUACAAUCGGACUGCUGAAGUACGAAUGGAUACAAAAGUUUUGACAGCACUGGAAUGAAAAAAAAUGCUGUAAAUCUGAGAGGCUCUUCUUGGAGAGAAGUGAAGAAUGUGCAAAGCAAAAAUUGCCUCUUUGCACAAGGGAGUUUGGUAUCACGUGUCAGGAGUUUGGAGCUCUGCAAAGAGGCUGUAACACAGAUUUUAUGUGUACAAAUAGUUUGUUGUAGAGACUUAUUUUAAUGUUAAUAGUGGUAAUAUGCUGAAUAUUUUGGUCUUAUUUCUCAUGUCCUCUCCUCUGCGUAUCUGCUGUAUGUCAGAGAUGAGGAUCUACAGGUCAGUUAAUUUAUCACAACUUAAGGUCAUUGAGAGCGCUGGUUAUAUUUUUAUGCCAACAUAAUCCUCUAUGAAAACCGUGCUGAAAUACUUAAAUGCAGUAUUCACAAUCUGUUCCCUGACUAUCUCAGGUGACAACUGGAUAUGCUAAAUAUACACUUAUACUAUUCAUGUGUCUGUCUGGCAAUGAGCCGUGGUAAUGUUGUUGUGUCUUUGUAUUUGGUCAGUCCGAUCAGUGUUUUAAUGAGACAUGUUUUUCCGAUUUAUUAUCUGUAUCUCACUAAUCUUUACAACUAAGGCGCAAGGCUAUAUGGGUAUCUCACGGAUAUAUACCGCAUCAGUGUAGUUAUUUAAUCGUAAUAGUGUUACUAUCAUUUCUGUUUCCAUGGGUUUGAACAGUACAGUCCACAGCAGUGAAACUGCCAUCUGUAUGAAUAAGCAGGGUGUUGUAAAUUUGUAUGUGCCUCUUUUGUCGAGAGCUCCUUUUCCAUUUCUGUAAAACUUGUUUAGAAAAAAAAAUCCCUUUUAUGCUACAAUAAUAGCGAGCAGACUUUAGAUUGGCAGCUGGGUUGCCAGUUCUGUGUGAAUUUUUCCACGAGGAAGUUUAACAGAUGAGGGUGCAUCCCUUCACGGCGCUAGAUUUUUACUACAGUCAGUGUUUUGUGUUUGUUUGAUGUGAAUACAGAAGUCUGAAAGGCUUUGAAUUACCUGAACUAAGUUGAGUGAAACUCUCCUUUUGUUUAAUUUUUUUUGUAAAGCUCCAGUUUACGGAGAAGCACCCCCUCGUCCUCCUCAGCCACAGGGCAGACUUAUCUUGUUGCACAAUAUGAAUAGAUUGUAGGGGGGUGGGGCGUCGCUGACAUUUGAAUGCAGGCCCUGCUUUAGCUGCUGUAGUGAUGCGGUGGGACAAGAGCGUGUCAAAAGGGAACUCGGUGUCAACAAUGUAGAAAAGUGAAUCUAUUCAUUCAACUGUUUGAAGACUGUAAUCAUCUGUUCAGGAUUGUAUAUUGUUUCACUAUGAGCAUGCCUUCUCUCUUGUCAUCAGGUGUAACUUUGCUGUGCUUUGUGCGUCUGUUUGUUGAACAUAUUGCCACAACGGUGGCACUCAUCUAGAUGAUGCCAUAUAUAAAUUUUAAAUGUUGCAAGAUGCAUAUAGGAGUGGAUUAUAUAUUAUUGAAAAUGUACAAACUAAUAUUAUACAAUAAAAUGGCAAAA